CUACGACGAGGUCUUCUUGCGUGGCAACAACGUCAUCUACAUCGGCAUGGCCUGAACCCCGUGCCGCCCAGCCGGCAGCCUAUCUAUGUAUAUUACCAAUCUAUAGUCUGUCUAUAGUACAACAACAACCCCCAACACGACUGUCUCCCCCCACAUCAUGGCCCGCAAUUUGUUGAGGCCACAGCAUGAAUCGUCACCAUUUUGACAUAGGAGCUGCCCGAUUGGGCAAUUGCAACAUCUUUCUGCUCCCUGCCCGUUUCCCGGAUAGCGGCAGCCUUUCUUCUCUGCCCACCAGAGGCGUAGACCACGGCGUAGGCUGGAACACCGGCAGACCAUUGCUUCCUGUGUGUCGGGCCAAUGUACUUUAUUCCCAUCUGCGACCCGGACAACGACCGGCCCGUGGAGGCGGUGGAGACGUCCGGCUCGACGGCGGCGGCACUUGUAAACACAACGGCGUUUCAGCGGGAACACAACCGCAACAGCACGUACGCCGGCUACGACCAGGGCGAUCUUGUGAAGCGUGCAACAGCGAUCCUGCAGGUGCAGGCGUACCAGCUCUACCAGUGGUGUGUGCUCCGAGCACGGAUCGAGCAUCCGUACCGGUUGAAACACUUGCACUUUGCCUGCUCGAAGGUGCUGCCGUGGAACUUUGUCGUGGAAGACACAGACGUUCAGCUCUACCUCCAGAACCCGAGGUUCCUGUGGCGGUUUUCGCUGAACAACUACGAGUACUUCUAUCAGCUCCUGUGCAAGGGUAUUGACCGGCGACACGGGUACGAGGUUGGCUUUGUCGACGAGCUUUUGACGUACGACCGGGAUACGUCGCAGCUCGUACCGUACUAUGUGACCCAUUGCGGCGCCCUGGAGAGCUUUGUCCGGAAUGUGCUACGGCGGCCAUCAAAGGAGUGCUCAAAGUGGUACAGAAUGUACGACUUCGGUGAGCUGUUGAAGGAUGCCUCGUACUACGGACUAGACGAAUACGAGAAGACCGAGUUCCGACACUCGUACGACUAUUACCUCCAGCUGAUUGAGCCCGGCACGGACUACGACACGUUUGUGCGAAUCCUUGUGACGGGCCACACGCUACACGACGCCGGGCCCUUGCUCAAGCUGGUGUUGGAGAAGGAGAGAGCGUUGCAGGAAGCCCCCGUGCAAGACGACGCCGGAGAAAGGCACAAACAUAUAGCGUGUGUAUAA